AUGAGGGCGUGGUCGCUGAUUCUGGCGUGUGUGCUGCCCCUGGUGCUCGCACACGGCACGGAAGACGACCCCAUCAACACCCCUGAAGGAGAUUGCUGCGCUGCUCUCCUCGUCGAGGGCGAGGAGGGCUCCCUCGACGCCGCCGGCAAAUACCGUCUGCCGCCCAUUUGGUAA